AUGCGAGUGGUAGAUGCCAUGCUACGAAGCGUAACGGACAGCAAGCAAACGCCGUUGCACGUGGCAGCGAAGAAGGGGCAGGCAGAGAUGGUCCGAUACCUGAUCGCCUCCGGAGCUCCUCUCGACGUCAAGGACGAGAAAGGAAACCUGCCUUCAAGCGUCUGCUCCAACAGGAGAACCCUCCUCGCGUAUGCAUCCUCUGUUUCCUCCUCUAGUCGCCUCGUCCUCUGGUCGCCUCGACCUCUGGUGACCUUCCCCCGCAGGUUUCCCGAGUCGUUUGAGAGUGCGGAGAAGCUCAACGUCAUGGCGCAGGUGCACAAGCGACCCGAGACAGGGGACGUGGCAAAGUUCACACAGUCGCUUGGAAUCUCGGAGCAACCCAUGGACUUUCCUUUCUGA